AUGGCGGACGCUGCAGACGAUACGGGACAGCUGUCACCAAGCCAGCAAGAUGCGCUGCAGCAGUUUAUGCAGCUAACAAACCAAGAGGCAAAAGACGCCAUUCCGCUGCUAUCAAGGUCAGAAUGGAAUGUGCAGAUUGCCAUCACAAAGUUCUUCGACGGCGAGACGGCCGAUCCUGUCGCCGAGGCAAUCGCCGCGCAGGAAAUCCCACGAUCAGCCGCGCGCCAUGAGAAUCUCCAAGAGAGCCUGCUGAUGGACGCGGAACGACCAUCGAGAUCGAAUCGGAGAAACAAGACCGACGCCGCCCCCCGAAUUGUUCCUCAGCCACCCGUGAUUCACCGGACACCGUGGAUGAUUGGCCUCCUACUCACGCCCUUUAGCUGGGGCUGGCGGGUGGCUUCGACUCUGCUACGCACGAUCGGCUACAUCUUGGCGUUCCUACCUGCUUCUAUCCGGCCACGAGCCGUGACCAGCGGUCUGGCUACGGGGUUCAGAAGUCCAAGUGGUCGGCGGAUGCUUAUGCCGCGGGAUGCCGCAGCUAGAUUCAGACGAGAAUUUGACGAAGAGUACGAGGGAAAUGGGCUUUCAUUCUUCGAAGGAGGCAUAGCUCAAGCUCAUGACAUUGCCAAAAGGGAUCUCAAGUUCCUCUUGGUCCUGUUCAUGUCUCCAGAGCACGACGACACCGAAUCAUUCAUUCGGAACACGCUUUUAGCUCCCGAGGUUGUCGAGUUUAUCAACGACCCGGCGAACAACAUAAUCCUCUGGGGAGGCAACAUUCUGGAUUCCGAGGCAUACCAGGCAGCCACCGAGUACGCUUGCACAAAGUAUCCCUUCUCCGCCCUGGUAUGCUUGACACCAAACGAAGGCAGCACUCGCAUGGGCAUUGUAAAGCGAUUAGUAGGCCUCAUGCCGCCUUCGACUUACCUAUCCGAGUUGCAAGCUGCUAUGGAAAAAUACGGCGCCGACCUGAAUAGGGUACGAGCCGAAAGGGCCGCGCAGGAUUUCGCCCGUACCCUACGUGACGAGCAAGAUUCAGCAUAUGAACGAUCGCUGGCUAUUGACAGAGAACGCGCGCGGGAGAAGAAACAGGCCGCCGAAGCUGUUGCAGCGGCGGAGAAGCGCGCUUUGGCAGACGCUGAGGCAGCUGCCGAGCGAGCUGAGAAACGCCGACAGUGGAAGUCUUGGAGGGCACCUCGGAUUUUGCCUGAGCCUCCUGCCAGCGAGAGAAAAGUCGUCAGGGUUGCACUCAAGAUGCCUGAAGGCUUAGGAGGGGAGAGAAUUGUGCGGCGGUUCGUUCAGGACGUUACUGUCGAAGAGCUCUAUGCGUUCGUAGAGUGUCAGGACAUUCUCCGCGGCGAAACUUUGGAAGAGGAGAAGGUGGAGAAACCAGAUGGGUACGAGCACAAGUACGAGUUCCGGAUAGCCUCGACCAUCCCCCGUGUGGUGUACGAGCCAAGCACAACUGCUACGAUGCUAGAGACGAUUGGCAAGUCCGGCAACCUUAUCGUAGAAGAGUUAUCAGAUGACGAGGAUGAGGAUGAGGACGACGACAACGACAUGUAA